UGAAGCUUGAUUCUCAUGUUUUCUACAUUCUUCCAGCCUCCAUUACGACCCUUAGUUUUAGGUGGCGAUCACUCAAUAUCAUAUCCAGUUGUUCGAGCCGUCUCUGAAAAACUUGGAGGACCAGUUGAUAUUCUUCAUCUUGAUGCACAUCCUGAUAUCUAUCAUUGUUUUGAAGGAAACAAGUAUUCACAUGCUUCGUCUUUUGCUCGAAUCAUGGAGGGUGGUUAUGCCAGGCGACUAUUGCAGGUUGGUAUAAGAUCAAUAACAACAGAAGGGCGCGAACAAGGCAACAAAUUCGGGGUUGAGCAAUAUGAAAUGCGAACAUUUUCAAGAGAUCGUGAAUAUUUAGAAAACCUGAAACUUGGUGAAGGUGUGAAAGGUGUAUAUGUCUCAAUAGAUGUGGAUUGUCUUGAUCCUGCUUUUGCUCCUGGAGUGUCUCACAUCGAACCGGGAGGUCUCUCUUUCCGCGAUGUUCUCAACAUCCUACACAACCUUCAAGGCGACAUUGUUGCCGCAGACGUGGUUGAAUUCAAUCCGCAACGUGAUACAGUUGACGGUAUGACUGCCAUGGUAGCCGCAAAGUUGGUGAGAGAACUGACUGCCAAGAUUGCAAAAUGAUUAAAUCUUCAAUGCAAUCCUCAUUCCUUUAAAUAGCUUCUAAGAGUGACAUUGAAUUUUUGGUUAGUUUCAUUGAAAUCAUUCAUAAAAGGGUUUACAUGUCCUUUUACAUGUCCUUGUGCUUUAACUAUGAAAAAAUGUGUGCAGCACACAAAACAUGUAGUUAGUUCUGUGCAGAACAUGUAUGUAAUAAGUAGAUUGCUACUUCUUUAUUGUUAGCAUAUUUCAAACAUAUUUAUAUUUCUGAGUUUAAAUGUUUGAAAAACUAUAGAAUAUCAAUGUUGUGAGACCUUAUGUUUCUGUA